CUGGAGAAAUAGGAAGUGCUGUUUAGUAGUAGCGGCUUACGGGUUAACCCUGGCAUCUGAUGACAUUUAAUCAAGGGCCUCUGACAGUUUUUCUAAUGGUUAGUCGAAAUAUAAUGGGGUUCUGUUUCAACGUUGCGCAUCAGUAGUAGAGGACGGUGUCUCCUUUCUAAAGAUUAAUGCACACGAUAGCCCGAAUCCCUAGCUAACGUUAGCUACCGUGUUAGCCACCGGCUAAUCAUAACAGUCCCGAGUCUUGAGUUCUGUUCUUGGUUGGUUGAAUAACGUGCGUAAUAAUAAUCGGUAUCACACGAUAUGGCAUUAUUUGCAAUGGGAGUUAAUUGGUAGUUUUUCAUACGUUCUUUAUGAAGGACACAACGUGUCAACGUCGGACCAAACGAACUGGAUGUUCUGCAAUAGCAAUUUCCAAAGCUACAGCUAGCAGCUUGUAAGCUUGUUUCCAGUACAACGAUGGGCUGCGAGAGGUUGUAUAACUCAGCGAAGUUACUGUGUGUCUUCAGCAUUGUUCUGGUUGUCUUGGCUAAAGGGAUUACUGCUGAGGAAGAUCAAUAUGGAAAUGAAGUUUCAGAGUUAAAGUCCUACCAUGACCCUGAGAAUGAAGAAGAAAGUGAGGCAGUAAGGUCAAGAGUUGUAGCUGGGGGCAGCGUGUCCUCUACGUCCACGUCUGAGCAGCCAGACCCCCUGGAUGACCGGCUGGAGGGGGAGGAACGAGAGGACUUGCCUGACCAGCCUCCCCCGAUCAUGGAGCGACCUAUAGAGAUUCCUGUGGUGAACGGGGGUACCGCCAACGGAGAGGCCUGCAUGUUCCCAUUCCUCUUCCAGGGCCAAGAGUACUCCCAGUGCACCACCGACGGGCGGAGCGACGGCAGGCUGUGGUGCUCCACCUCCUACGACUACGACCAGGAGAAGAGAUGGGGCUUCUGCGAGACGGAGGAGCAGCAGGAGCAGAGACAGCAGGCGGAGGAGGCGGAGGAGCUGUACCAGGCGGUCGUCCGCCUGCUCAACACCACCACCCGAAAGAGCCACAAGAAAGAGCUGUACGAGAAGCUGCAGAAGGUGGCUGAGAAGGGCCACCACAAGGCCAUGGAGAAGGUGGCGUACGCCAUGCUGUUCGGAGACUACUUGGCCCAGAACGUGCCCAGAGCCAAGGAAAUGUUUGAGAAGCUGGCCAAGGAAGGGUCGCCCAAGGCCCAGACGGCACUUGGCUUCUUGUAUGCUGCAGGGCUGGGAGUCAACUCUAGCCAAGCAAAGGCCCUCGUGUACUACACCUUCGGAGCCCUGGGUGGAAACAUGGUGGCCCAUAUGAUCCUGGGGUACAGAUACUGGGGUGGAGUGGGAGUGCCCCAGAGCUGUGAAUCUGCGCUGACACACUACAGGCUGGUGGCCAAUCAGGUGGCCAGCGACGUGACCCUGACCGGGAGCAGUGCCGUGCAGAGGAUACGUCUGCUGGACGAGGUGGAGAACCCGGGCUCCACCAGCGGCAUGCUGGAGGAGGACCUGAUCCAGUACUACCAGUUCCUGGCUGAGAAGGGAGACGUCCAGGCCCAGGUGGGACUUGGCCAGCUCCAUCUGCACGGAGGACGAGGAGUGGAGCAGAACCACCAGAGGGCGUACGACUACUUCAACCAGGCUGCCAACGCGGGCAACACCCACGCUAUGGCCUUCCUCGGCAAGAUGUACUCUGAAGGCAGCGAGUUUGUCCCCCAGAACAAUGAGACUGCCCUGCAGUACUUCAAGAAAGCCUCAGACUUGGGUAACCCUGUGGGACAGAGUGGUCUGGGGAUGGCCUACCUGUAUGGAAGAGGUGUCCAAGUGAACUAUGAGCUGGCGCUGAAAUACUUCCAGAAGGCGGCGGAACAGGGCUGGGUGGACGGACAGCUUCAACUGGGCACCAUGUAUUACAGUGGCAUCGGCGUGAAGCGGGACUACAAGCAGGCGCUCAAGUUCUUUAACCUGGCGUCCCAGGCGGGCCACAUCCUGGCCUUCUACAACCUAGCCCAGAUGCACGCCACCGGCACCGGGGUCAUGCGCUCCUGCCACACGGCCGUGGAGCUCUUCAAGAACGUGUGCGAGCGCGGCCGCUGGUCGGAGCGUCUGAUGGGGGCCUACGCCGGCUUCAAGGAGGGCGACGUGGACGCCUCUCUGGUCCAGUACCUGCUGCUGGCCGAGCAGGGCUACGAGGUGGCCCAGAGCAACGUGGCCUUCAUCCUGGACCAGACCGAAGGGGCUCAGGUGUUCCUGGAGAACGAGACGUACCCGCGGGCCCUGCUCCACUGGACCCGGGCCGCGGCUCAGGGCUACACGGUGGCCCGGAUCAAGCUGGGGGACUACCACUUCUACGGCUACGGCACGGACGUGGACUACGAGACGGCCGUCAUCCACUACCGGCUGGCGUCGGAGCAGCAGCACAGCGCCCAGGCCAUGUUCAACCUGGGCUACAUGCACGAGAAGGGCCUGGGCAUCAAGCAGGACAUCCACCUGGCCAAGCGCUUCUACGACAUGGCGGCGGAGGCCAGUCCGGACGCCCAGGUGCCCGUCUUCCUGGCGCUGUGUAAGCUGGGCCUGGUCUACGCCCUGCAGUACCUGCACGACCUCAACGUGGACGAGCUCCUGACCCAGGUGGACCUGGACCAGAUCCUGGGCCCCGAGUGGGACCUCUACCUCAUGACCGUCAUCGCCCUGAUGCUGGGCACCGUCAUCGCCUACCGCCAGCGCCAGCACCAGAUGGUGGUGCCCCCCCGGCCCCCGGCCCCCGCCCCCGCCCCCGCCCAGGCCCCCGCCCAGGCCCCGGCUCCUACCCCACCCCCGGCCCCCCAGGACCAGGACCAGGACCAGGACCAGCAGCCAGACCAGGCCUUGCCCGAGCAGCCCGCAGGAGGGACUGAAGGGCCCGCUCAGGACGCACCGGCAGAGCCAGAGCAGCAGCUUUGAGGGAGAGGAACACACACACACACACACAACACGCCACACAGCACACACGCACACAUUCACAUACACACAUCGCACGGAGGGAAGCCAGCAAGGGACAGAAAUCAAAAGGCUGUGGAACACGGGGACUGUGCUAAGCCCCGCCCCUUCCCCCAUGGAUUAGCCGUCGCUAACAUGCUAGCGACCAGCUAGCGCAUAGCAUAUUCCCCCUGAUCCUUAACCUGCUUCCCUCCGCAUGAAAACGAGAAAAAGAAGUCUAGAAAUGUUAUGCUGGGUUUUUGUCGCUAUUCACCAUUUGGGAAUUUUUAAGUAGGAGGCAGAAAAUAAGUGAGGGAAUAAGUAAGGGAAAACACAGACUUUGGACUUGUCAGUUUGUGACUCUGGGUUUUUACCCUGCCGACCUUCUCUCUCUCUCUCUAUCUCUAUCUCUCUCUCCCCCUCUCUCUCUCUCUCUCUCUCUAUCUCUAUCUCUAUCUCUAUCUCUAUCUCUAUCUCUCUCUUUCUCUCCAUGGAAUCAGCCACAGAUCAACGGGUCCCUGUCCGAUCUUUGGGACAAAUAAAAUAACUUGGAAUCAGUUCAGUGGUGCUUGUAUUUCACUUCCUUCUCCCCUUCUAAAAGGGACCUAUACUGCCACAGUUUUACUUUGUUGUGGGGUAUUUUUCCUCUCUCUCUCUUGGGAGAGUGAACUCAAGUCAGUCACGCUCUAUGGCGUCAUGAUAUAGUCUUCUUACAUAACGUGGUCUUAUCUUACUGCAUGUUUUUGCUCCUCGUUUUUUGCUGAAUUUUGCGCUUCAUUUUGGAACAGACCGUUUUGUUUGGGUAAAACUUUCUUUACGAUUGGAUGAAAGAACAAGUUCUCUCAUGGCAAAAACACCUCUUGGCACAUCAUUUUAAGUAUCAUUUGUAUAAAUUGAAAUAUAUUGACUUCUGUUCAAUUCUGAUUCUUACCUAGAGGAUAAGUUAACACUGGAAUUAAUGAGGACCGCUAGAUGUUCUCUUAAAGCCAUUUCUCUGUCAGCAAAACAAAUAUUGGUGGUUGUGGAAGAAAUACAUUAUGGAAUGUACGAAAUUAACCUUUUUAGACUCUUGGGAAUAUAGGUUGCUAAUUGUGUCUUGGUUACGUUGAGUCAUCUCGUGUGUGUGUGUGUGUGUGUGUAGACUUUUCAGUGCAAGAGAAUCCUUGCUCUGCAUAAUGUGCUGUGUGCCUAUCAGAGUGCGUUGGCUUUGAACCACAGUUCAAAGGUCACCGAGGGAUUAAUUUAAUUCAAGAUAGUUUCCUGUGGCUCUCUGAAGUUUCCUUUGUGGCGAGUGCUUAAUUAUUUUUAUUGUAUUUUUUUGUCACAGCUUGUUGUGGCCAAAUUUGUUUCUCCUUUUUCUUCCUCAUGCACAAAUGCGUGGAGCAGGCCUCUUCAUUAAAAUGGUGGCACACAAUGUCUUUGUGUAUGGUUCCAUAAUGUCAGCUUUUUGGAGAGUAUAUCCACCCUCCUCAGGAGGCCAUUUUGGAUCCCCACUGGAGGAGAUUCAGCCGCUCAAAUGGAGAUGGACACUGGUCGAAUGGAGAUGGUCACUGGUCAAAUGGAUAUGGACACUGGUCUUGCAAUGGGAAGCGAUUCGCUUGUAGAAUCUGUUGGAACGAAGCAAAUACAUUUAUUUUCAACAUUUUGCCAAUUGCUUUUCUCAACAAUUUUUCCAUCUGGCCACUGUUUUGUUUUUGUCGUAUUAUCCUUAAUACUUUUCUUUGGCAAUAAAAACCGAGCAAAAUAGAGGAAAGUUGUGUAGAGAAGCAUGUUGUGAGUGACGAACAGUGAAAUAUUUUGACCAGCCCCCUGUAUAAAAGUAACUAGUCUUAUUCUAAUUUUGUUUAAACUUAAACAAACACUGGCAUAAGACUUAAUGACUGCAUUUUUACCAUCACGAUGAGUUUGUACUGAAAAGAAUAAAAGACGUGGAUAUUUAA